AGAAUUUAUUUAAAAAAAAAAACAUAUUAUAUAUUGAAUAAAUAUAAAAUGAAAGAUAUAGAUAUAAAAGAAUUACAAGAGUAAAUAAAAGGAAAUACAAAAAGCAAAUAUAUACUAUUGUUAAUAUUUAUAGUUGCUCUUUCAUUAUUUUUUAUUUUGUUAAGUUAUUCUCCAUAAAUAUCAUAGGAAGAUAAAUAAAACUUAAUUAUAUUUCCUAGAAAUGUACAAGACCUACGUCGAAUUCAUAGUGUUAUUGAUAGAUUUAAUGAAGAAAAUCCAUAUUUUGUUUUAAUAUCUUUUUGCUAUUUGUAUGUAUUUCUUUAAUCUUUUGCAAUUCCUGGACCAGUAUUUUUAAGUAUUUUAAGUGGAGCUUUAUUUGGGUUUAUAAAAGGAUUUAUAUUAGUUUGUUUGUGUGCGACUACAGGCGCUUGCUGUUGUUAUGGAUUAUCAUAUACACUCGGAAGAGGAAUAGUUUUAAAAUAUUUUCCUGAUUUAUUAGUUAAAUUUAAUAAAAAAGUUUAAGCAAAUAAAGAUAAUACCUUUUAUUACAUGCUAUUUUUGAGACUUACACCUUUAGUUCCUAAUUGGUUUGUUAAUAUAAGCUCUCCUAUUGUUGGAAUUCCAAUAUAUCAUUUUUGCUUUGGAACACUUUUAGGGUUAAUGCCUUUGAAUAUUGUUCAUAUAAAUGCCGGGUAAACUUUAUCAACUUUAGAAAAAGUUGGUGCUAGUUUUUAAAAUAUAUUAUGGGUUGCGCUUUUAGGAUUUGUUGCUCUUAUUCCUACUUUUUUUAAGAAGAAAAUAGAAAAAUAUGAAGAAGAACAUUUGAAAAAAAAAUAAUGAAAAAAUUUCAAAAUAAAUAAAAAAUAUAUAUAUAAAAUUUAUUUAUAUUCACAAAAAUAAUAUUUUAUUUAAUUUCAUUAUU